UUCAUCAGUCGAGGGCUGAUGAUGCCAACAUCUGCGCUGACAGAAAAUCUAAAGCUUUCUCCAGCUUUGAUUUUUAACUCGCGAGUUGAAAACUUUUUUCACUGAACUGGCUUAACAGCCUUGCAGAGAAAAUCCCAAACUUCCGAACGACCCAAGUAGAGAAAAAGCUAUUAUCUAAAAAAAAUGAUCUGGAGCCUGUGUCUGCUUUGCGUGGCCGGGGCUUUCGCGGCGGCCCACGCGCGCCCCGUCAGGAAGAGCGGCGGCGCGGAGGACAAGGCCGGGGCGCAGGAAGAAGUCAACGUGCUCAUGUUCGGCGCCAUACAGUUCAGCGACUCCCUUAACUAUGUUUAUCAAACCACUGAGGCGAAGAUAGAGAAAAUCAAGCUGACUUUAAAGAGCCACGAGGGGACCCUGCAAAAGCUGGGGAAGGAGACUGAGCAGGCCGCAGAGGUGGAGAGGCAGAUAAAAGAAGCGCUACAGUUGCUGCAGAACCAGAUGGCCAAGCAACAGACUCACACCACCACAGCUAAAGACUGGCUGACCAGCAUGGAGAAGGAAGAGGUGGAGCUGAGGACCAAAGUGAGGUGGUUGGAGAUGUUUAUCAACAACUCUGUACCCGCCAGCAUCAAGGAGCUGCAGGAAAGAGCAGAGGAGCACUCCAACAUCUUGCGAGGCUUACAGCAUUUGACCGAGUUCCACAAAGAGAACAUCGAGACUGAGAAUGAGAAGCUCUCCAGACUGCAGAGAAUGAGUGAAGCUUUGUGACACUGAACAGAGCGACAGAAGCCCACGAAGCUCUCAACUCCUUAUCAUCACUGCACUCCCUUCCUGCCCUGCUGUGUAUGCUACAGAGCCACCGUAUGACCAGGAACUAGUUUUGCUAUCAGUCAUAUGUUUUAGUCUUUGUUGUUAUGGCUCAAAUGUUUUUGUUUUUCUUGUGUUUGUAACCUUGUUUUUUUUUAAAAAAAAAGAAAAAAAAGAAAAAAAAAGAUUAGAAAAGAUUGUGAGUUCACCAAAGAGUAUCUUGUCCUAAUGUAACAACAUAUUUUAUACAAGUGUUCUAUCGUUUUAUUGCUUGUUUUUGGUUUUAUAAAUGAUGUGAUGAGAUCAGCGAAA